UGACCCUACGGCCUGCGUUUCUCUCCACAUCACGAGAGUUCAUGCUAAACCUAUGCGGUCGUUCACACGCUGCGCCUUGCUGGGGAGUUUUCCAUUUCUGCAUUUCAAACACCUCAAGUUUAAGAGUACAGAAAAGUCCCAAUGAAAUCUGAUUUCAUGUCCGUCUCUAUGGUCAAAGCGGCAGUAUGUUUCUAACGACGAGGAAGAAGACACUCUCUGACUAGCUCAGAGUGGCUUUCGCCUCUAUAAGCUGUUAGGCAAAGGCCGAGAGCAUCCCGUUAAUAUAAAGACUGACGUUUGUCAAUUGUCACCGUAACCCUGUAAUUUCAAGCAUCUCCGUGAAUGGGCCAGGCUGCUUCCGCGGCUGCAGUCCCUUGCCUUCGCCAAACCAAUCAUACCCACCGCUCCACGUCCAAAUCCAGAUCAACGGCGUUCAUUUCCCCUAUGCUUUUCAAUGAAAAUCACGAGUCCCCGUAUGAGGUUAUCCAUACAGUGCCUGACUACAUCUCUGAGCUUCCCGACGAGUGCUUGGCUUGCAUUUUUCAGUCACUAAGCUCCGCCGACCGUAACCGCUGCUCCCUCGUAUGCCGGCGGUGGCUCCGGGUCGAGGGACAGAGUCGUCAUCGUCUCUCUGUCAACGCUCAACUUGAUCUGCUCCCGGUCAUCCCUUCUCUUUUCUCACGUUUCGAUUCCGUCACGAAGCUCGCUUUGAAAUGCAAUCGUAGAUCUGUUAGCAUAGGGGACGAAGCGCUCGUUCUUAUCUCUCAACGAUGCCCGAAUCUGACUCGCCUGAAACUUCGUGUCUGCCGUGAAGUUACGGAUGCUGGGAUGGAAGUCUUUGCUAAGAAUUGCAAGGGUUUGAAGAAACUUUCCUGUGGAUCUUGCACUUUUGGAGCCAAAGGGAUGAACUCAGUGCUCGAUCAUUGCGCCUCUAUAGAAGAAUUAUCUGUCAAGCGUCUCCGGGGAAUUGCCGAUGUAGCAUCGGUGGAGUCGAUUGGACCCGGUGUUGCAGCGUCAUCUCUCAAAACUAUUUGUUUAAAAGAGCUACAUAAUGGACAGUGUUUUGGGCCCCUUAUUCUUGGCUCGAAGAAUUUAAGGACUUUGAAAAUUUUUAGGUGCUCUGGCGAUUGGGAUAAACUUUUUCAACUCCUAGCGGAUCGAGUACCAAGUAUAGUCGAAGUCCACCUUGAGAGGCUCCAGACAAGCGAUAUUGGCUUAGAGGCAAUCUCGAAUUGCUCGACUCUGGAAAUUUUGCAUCUUGUCAAGACUCCAGAGUGCACAGAUUCAGGACUUAUCGCUAUUGCAGAACGAUGUAAGCUCUUAAGGAAACUUCAUAUUGACGGAUGGAAGAUGAAUCGUAUAGGAGAUAAAGGUCUAAUAGCAGUCGCUAAAUAUUGCCCACAUCUUCAGGAAUUGUUCCUUAUUGGUGUCAGUCCUACUAAUGCGAGUUUGGAAAUGUUGGCCUGCAAUUGCCUGAAUCUAGAGCGGUUGGCGUUAUGUGGAAGUGAAACAGUUGGUGAUGUUGAAAUAUCGUGCAUUGCAGCAAAAUGCAUAGCACUGAAGAAACUUUGUAUUAAGAACUGCCGUGUGUCUGACCACGGUAUGGAAGCACUCGCAUCUGGUUGCCCGAAUUUGCUGAAAAUAAAGGUUAAGAAAUGCAAGGGUGUAACCUCUGAGGGUGCAGAUUGGCUGAGGCUAUGUAGGGAGUCGCUUGCUGUACAUUUAGAUGCUGGUGAGACAGAACAUCAUGACGCAAGUGCUAGUGAUGGCGGGGCUCAAGAAAAUGGCCUAGAAUUUCCUUCAAUCCCCAACCAGACAGCAGCUUCGGCCACCAUUGCAUUAAGCAGUACUGGUCGAUCAAGUUCAUUCAAGUCAAGGCUAGGACUUUUCUCUGGGAAAAGCUACCUCGUUUGCACUUUGAGACGAUUGUCUGGUGGUAACCGUAGUUCUCGGCAUAGUUAGACUGAGGGAUUUUAGUUGAGUCACUGAAGUGACGGGCAGUUCGGCAAUUCAAGUCAUUGACCAUUCAUAUUAUUAUUUGGUGAUGUAAUCACUUGAUCUUCGACUGGUAACUGGAGGAGAGCACGAGCACGAUGCAAGCUUCUAAGUAAAAUAGAUGCGACGUGUUUGUGGUUGAAUAUUUACAGUUUAAGUUGAUCAUCUUAUCAAAUAAAGUGAGUAAAGCGAGUUUUUGCCCCAUGAAGGAGAUCCUGUUCGCAUUUGAAGAUGGUUAGAGUUUGGCCAUUGUACGUGUGCGUGACAAGACAGCAUGAGUUUUCAUUAAAGUUGAAUAUUUGAUCGUUAUCACCAGACAUUAGGCUAGCAUAUGAUUAUAUGAUAUCAUGUGAAACUGACGGGGAAGAAUUAUGAUUCCACUCUCACAAUAGGCUGUAUUGAACGUGGUUCGUUCGUAUUGUCA